AUGGGUUGGGGAGGUGGGUUAUCGGAUCGGGUGUGCGUAGAUGCGCAAUUCGUGUUCAAACUGCCUGAGAAGAUAACGUCAGAGAUCGGAGGCGUAGCUUUGGUCGAACCGCUUGCAGUGGCGUGGCAUGCUGUCGAACAGUCGGCUGCCAAAGCAGGGGACAACAUCCUGGUUAUCGGCGCCGGUCCGAUUGGUUUGGCCAUCCCCCAAAUCGAAGGGACUUAG